AUGUCCUUUCCAACGCAGUAUCAGCAAGGGAAGGUGUUGGAGUGGAAAGCGACCAUCUUUCACUCAUCUUGGGCGGAUGGUGGAGACGCACCCAACACCCUUCCCAACAUUGUAACAGCGCUGAAAGGUAUCGGAGGGAAACCGACCAUCCCUCACUCCUCGUGGACGGGUGGUGGGAACGUCCUUCCCAAGGUAGCACAGGAACUGUACAGUGUUGGAGAGCCACCGACCCCUUUUUCGCUCAUCUCGGCUGGAGGAUGGAGACGCUCAACCAUUUUCCCAACGUCGUAUCUGCACCGGACGGCGUUGGAGAGAGACAGACUGCCCGUGGUUUGUCUCGGCUGCAUUAUGGAGAUGCUCAAUGAUUUUCCCAACGUCGUAUCUGCACCGGACAGCUUUGGAGAGAGGCCGACUGCCCAUGGUUCGUCUCGGCUGGAGUAUGGAGAUGCUCAACGAUUUUCCCAACGUCGUAUCUGCACCAGACGGUUUUGGAGAGAGGCCAACUGCCCAUGGUUCCUCUCGGCUCGAUUAUGGAGACGCUCAACGGUUUUCCCAACGUCGUAUCUGCACCGGACGGCUUUGGAGAGAGGCCAACUGCCCAUGGUUCAUCUCGGCUGGAUUAUGGAGAGGCUCAACGAUUUUCCCAACAUCGUAUCUGCACCAGACGGCUUUAGAGAGAGGCCGACUGCCCAUGGUUCGUCUCGGCUGGAUUAUGGAGACACUCAACGGUUUUCCCAAUGUCGUAUCUGCACCAGACGGCGUUGGAGAGAGGCCGACUGCCCAUGGUUCGUCUCAGCUGGAUUAUGGAGACGCUCAACGGUUUUCCCAAUGUCGUAUCUGCACCAGACGGCUUUGGAGAGAGGCCGACUGCCCAUGGUUCGUCUCGGCUGGAUUAUGGAGACGCUCAAAACUCUACCCAGGGUGGUGUUGAAUGGAACCCAACCGUUCUUCAGUCCUUUGGGGCGUAAGGCGAAGGAACCAGCAUCUUUCCUGGUGUGGCAUUGGUAGUCUAGGACGUUUGAGAGAAGCCAACAGUUCUUCACUCAUGACCGAGAAGCCAGCGCCUCCCGCAUCCACCCACCCACCAGUAUUGGAGAGGAAACCACCUGCCCCACAGAGGCCAGAAACGGGGGAAAGUUACACCUGGAAAUUGGUUUUUUUCGUGGGGAGGGAAUUCGACUCGAUUUUUUUCCAAGCCAAACUUUGAAUGUAACGACCACUCGAGAUUCAGUUUUUUUCGGGGUUGGGGAGGGUCAGGAAUG